CAAGAUACCAGUGUUUUACUACACCAGACAAUCUUGUCUCAGCUGAUCAUACAAGGUCUAAUCUAGUGGCGCGAUGGUACUUCUGUUACAAAUGACUAGGUUUCCUGUGCUAGUUUUCCGUGGACUUUUACUAUUCUUUCUCGGCAUAUGUUUCUGUUGGGUUUGUGAAGCGUUACACAAUAUCAAGGGAGAAUUCACAUCAUCAGAAAUAUCCUUUUACACACAGUCCGCUGCUAAAUUCUGGAUACCAUUCUGUUGUGGCGUUGCAUCUGUGGCUGUAGGACUUCUGUCACCGUGCGUUGACUCCAAGCUAGGCGUUUUUGACGUUUAUAAUAACGAAUGGUCUUCGGUACUGAGGUGUGCCGCACUUUUCUUCGGAUUCAGUCACGCAACUGCAAGGAUUGACUUCGCCACCUAUUCACAACUCUCACUAACAGCCAUUGGACUGUCUAUAGCACUUUGGUGGGUGUUUGAUGGAUCUCGAGUUGGAUUUGUUUUCGGGAUGGCAGCUGCUCUACUGGCAACAUUCAUUUUUCAAUCAUUUGUUUGGAAACAACUUUACAGGUUUUCUCAUCCUAUGAUGGCAGCUUGGUUGCCCUGCUUAUUCUUCUCCGGCGGCGUUGUCGUAGUCUUGGUGGGCAGGCAGCUUGCGAAACCUGAUGUAAUGGCUCUAAUGCAAAGAAAGGUUAAGUAAAUCCCUAACUUACAGACUGCCAUUAUUUGUUCAGUGUAUCGAACAAAUUUUUUAUCCUUUUGUACAUAAAAACCAAACCUGUAAAAGCCAUUAGCUUUAUCCAAUGCAUUUUAUUUAUAUUGAGUCUUAUUUUAUUUGAACUUCAAAAUAUUGAUGUGGGUUCUUUUGGGUACGCUUGUAUUGUUGUUUUCGUUAAUUGACGUGAAAAGAAAACUAACCAGGUGUACGCAUUAUUCUAAUUUAUUGUGAACGUAGAAGUUCAGUUCAUCAGUCAGUUUCAAAGUUUUUGGUGUUUCAAGGGUAGGUAUUUUUUAGACGUGUUUAGUGUGGUAAUAUUUAACGCAGUACUUGUGAUUCCAAAGUAAAAUUUCAUAGUAAUAAUCUUUGACAAAUCGUGUAUUUUUGAGCAGUAGGUGUUAUUCAUAAAUAUACUUUUUGCGGUUGAAAUGCAGUCAUCAAGUAACAUGAAAUGUUUCUAACGUAUAAUGUAAUUCUCUGUCAAUUUUUAGAAUGUUUAUGUAUAUUGAAAUCAACAGAUAUUUAAUAAAAGGGUUGCAAACUCGUAUCUUACGUCCUAUCGCUCGUGCUUUCCUUCGGCAGUUAUUUGACGUACGACGUUUAGUUGCUGUUUAAGACUUUUACAUCACCUGAAAGGCUUAUGACAUGUGACUGCCUAGUAGCAGAC